UGGCGAGCUAGGCUCAGGAUUGCUCUUCUUUUGCUGUCGCUCUUCUCGGGGGAGCUUCGCCGAAGUAGAAUACCCUGCCUGCCUCUUUUUUCUUUUCAUUUUUCUUCUUUCUUUCUUCUUCUUCCUACUUUGAGGCGGUGUUGUUUAUUUUGUGCGGGGCAUUUCAAUUUCAAUUUCAGUUCCUCGCCGCUUAUUUUUUGUUCUUCGGGUGAACGAAGAGUGGUGCGCUAGUGCGGAUCAAGAGCAGUGAGUGAGUGAGCACAGCGAGCCUGGAUCUUGUUUCUUCUGUGUGGAGCUAAGGGGAGGGAAAGGCGGUGAGCUUGGGAGGAAUCGGUGGGGGAGAAAGAGAGAGAGAGCGUUUCGAGAGGGGAUGGUUGCGUAGUUCGUGAUCGAGGAUGGGGCGGGCAGGGUUUUUGAUUAAUUUUCCGAGGAGUUUUAGGUUGAGGUGAGUUGGAUCUGGUGAGAGGGGCUAGAGGAGUGGAGGGGAGCGGAGACGAGCGCAAGAGAGUUGGUGAUGCGGCAGAGGUGAAUUUGGUCGGGUUGUGGCUGUCGUUUUAAAGGAACAGCAGAGCUGCUGGAGGUGCCGCCACAAUGUCCGAAGAUGAGAAGCUCCUCAAGGAGGCCAAGAAAAUGGCCUGGGAGGAUAGACUGGCUCAUAAGAAUUGGAAGGUUAGGAAUGACGCCAAUAUCGACAUUGCUGCCGUAUGCGAUGGCAUCAUGGACCCCAAAGACUCCCGUCUCAAAGAAUUUGGUCCACUGUUCAAGAAAGCAGUGGCCGAUUCAAAUGCUCCCUGUCAAGAGAAGGCUUUGGAUGCACUCAUAGCAUACCUACGUGCAGCAGAUACAGAUGCAGCCAGGUAUUCGAAGGAAAUUUGUGAUUCUAUCGUAGCCAAGUGCAUGACAGGUCGACCAAAGACACUAGAGAAAUCUCAAGCAGUGUUUCUUCUCUGGGUCGAGCUUGAAGCAUCGGAUGCUUUUUUGGAUGCUAUGGAGAAAGCUGUAAAAGCUAAGCUUGCGAAAGCAGUGGUUCCUGCAGUUGAUGCAAUGUAUCAGGCAGUGAGUCAGUUUGGUACCAAAGUAGUUCCUGCGAAACGGAUAAUCAAGAUGCUUCCAGACCUAUUCGAUCAUAACGACGCUAAUGUUAGAGCCUGCGCGAAAGGGUUAACUAUUGAACUUUGCCGGUGGAUUGGAAAAGAUGCUGUAAAGAACCUUCUUUUUGAUAAGAUGCGUGAUACCAUGAAAAAGGAGCUGGAGGCAGAAGUUAAUAAUGUUGUUUCUGGUGCCAAGCCCACUCGAAAAAUCAGGUCUGAGCAGGCAUUAGAAUGUGAGGAAACAGCAGUAGCAUCUGUGGCCUCGGCGGGGCCAGCCGAUGAAGCUGCAGCACUAGGUUCAUCUGAUAUAGAUGAAUACGAUCUAGUUGAUCCUGUAGACAUUUUGACACCAUUGGGCAAGUCCAGCUUCUGGGAUGGAGUGAAAGCAACGAAAUGGUCUGAAAGACGGGAUACAGUGGCUGAGCUGACGAAGCUGGCUUCUGUGAAGAAAAUAGCAAAUGGUGAUUUCUCAGAAGUCUCGCGGAUAUUAAAGAAGCUUGUUACAGAUGUAAAUAUAGCUGUUGCUGUUGAAGCUGUACAAGCAAUUGGCAAUUUGGCAACUGGGUUACGAAAGGAUUUCACUUCUGGCUCGAAGUUGCUACUGCCUGUCCUUUUGGAUAAGUUGAAAGAGAAAAAGCAGGUUAUGGUUGACUCUCUAACGACAACACUCAAUGCUAUGCAUAAGGGUGGUUGCAUCUUACUGAUAGACGUUAUUGAAGAUGUUAAACUCGCUACCAAAAAUAAGGUUCCUCUAGUAAGAUCUUCUUGUUUAACAUGGGUGGCUACAUGCAUUGAGACCAGUAACAAACCGACUGUUCUUAAGUUGCAUAAAGAAUACAUACCUAUGUUGAUGGAGUGCUUAAAUGAUAGUUCUCCAGAGGUUCGAGAUGCUGCUUUUCUGGCCCUGGCUGCUUUUGCAAAGAUUGUAGGCAUGAAGGUGUUGGAAAGGCCGUUGGAGAAGCUAGAUGAAGUCAGGAAGAAAAAGCUUGUUGAGCUUUGUGGUGUUGAAAGCAGUGCCCCUGCUACAGCACCUCCAGCGUUCUCUAGAUCCCAGGCAGUUGGUAAUGGCUCUUCUGUUGGAAAUGGUGCUGCCAAGCCUGCCUCUGCAGCCAGUCUUCUGACUGGAAAAAGACCUCUUUCUGCUACUCCUAAGAAGAUUAGUGCGGGGGGAUCUUCUAAGCCUGGUGGAGCUUCCAAGUCAGGUGGAGCAAAGAAAUCUGAUGGAAGCUCAACUUCAGCCAAACCUCAAGCUGAAGCACCUGAAGACGUUGAGCCUGGAGAGAUGAGUUUGGAAGACAUUGAAACGAGACUCGGUCCACUUUUUGAAUCGGAAGUAAUAACAAAUUUAAAGAGCGCAAAUUGGAAAGAGCGCCUUGAAGCAAUUACUUCUCUUAGGGAUACCGUGGAAGGAUUGAAGACGCUCGAUCAAUAUGCUGAGCUGCUCAUUCGACUCUUGUGCAUAUUACCUGGCUGGAAUGAGAAAAAUAUUCAGGUUCAGCAAAAGUCCAUAGAAGCUGUCAUACUGAUCGCCACGAAUGCUACACGUUUCUCUAAGAAGUGUGUCGUUCUAUGCCUUACAGGCGUCGUAGAGAAAGUUGGUGAUAUUAAAACAAGGAUACAGGCCACAAAAUGUCUUACUACUUUUUGCGAGGCAGUUGGUCCUAAGUUUGUCUUUGAAAGGCUUUUCAAGAUUAUGAAGGAUCACAAGAACCCCAAAGUUCUGAGUGAAGGUUUGAGUUGGAUGGUUACUGCGCUUGAUGACUUCGGAAUUGGGCAUGUGCCGCUGAAGGAACUCAUUAACUUCUGUAAAGAGACGGGUCUUGGUUCAAGUGCUGCUGCUGUCAGAACUGCAACUAUCAAGCUGUUUGGUGUUCUCCACAAGUUUGUUGGGCCAGACCUGAAAGGCUUCUUAACUGAUGUGAAGCCACAACUCCAAACCAUGAUUGACGCGGAGAUUGAGAAAAACCCUUACGAGGGACCUGCUUCUGCUCCUAAAAGAGCUAUACGAGCGGUUGAUGUCGGAGCUCCGUCUGGUGGCACGGACGGCUUACCUCGGGAAGACAUUAGUGGAAAGUUAACUCCGGCAUUGUUUAAGAGUAUGGGUAGUCCGGACUGGAAACUACGACAAGAAGCUCUUGAGAGCUUGAAUGGGAUCAUUGAGGAGGCUCACAAAAGGAUUCAACCUACUGGAACAGGUGAACUUUUUAUGAGCUUGAAGGCGAGACUUAACGAUUCUAACAAGAACCUAGUUAUGAUGACAUUGGCCACCCUUGGUACUAUUGCAACAGCUAUGGGUCCGGUUGUUGAAAAGCACAGCAAAGGAAUUUUGACCGACGCUCUGAAAUGCCUUGGUGAUAAUAAGAAGGUUGUUCGUGAAGCAGUAGUCAAGAUGCUAGACUCCUGGGUGCUGUUAUUGCACCUUGAUAAAAUGCUUCCAUAUAUCAUUCCUGCAUUGGCGGAGGCCAAGAUUUGUGCCGAAGGACGAAAGGACCUUUUUGAGUGGGUGGCUAGAAAUAUAGCAAAACAAGGGGAUCAGCCAGUGUUGUUGCAGCUAGUUAAACCCAUUUCUAUGGGAUUACAGGACAAAUUUGUUGAAAUGCGGAAAUCUGCUGAAGCGUGCUUAUUGGAGCUUAUUCGAGUAUUCGAUAUUGAGCCGGUGAUGAAAGCAUCCAAAAGCAUUCAAGGAUCAGCGCUAGCUGCACUUCAGACUGUAUUCGACCAUCAAAGAUCCUCUAGUGCUUCAGAGGAUUCUUUUACAAUGAGUAAAUCUCCUGUAGCUGGAAGCAAAGUGUCCACUUCAGAGGUUCGAGCUUCGAGUAGAAAUCCUAGUACUAUUGGUCGUGGAGCAGCCGCUAGGCAAUCGGGUUCAAAACAUACGAAGACAUCAGCUGCAUUGGCUGCCGAAGCGUAUGAGUCACAGAUGCAAGGACAAGCAUUAUUUAAUCUGAAAGAUUCACACAAGAACGAUCGCGAAAGGUUGAAUUCCCGCAAGUAUAAGUUCGAAGAUGCUGCAAGAAGAGAACAGCCACAUGACAUAGAGGUUGAUGUUGUUAAGUUCUUCCGAGAAGAUCUUCAAAAGAAACUUCUCAGUCCAGAUUUUAAGAAGCAGAUUGAAGGACUUGAUAUGCUUCAAAGGGCUAUUCCAACUCAAACCAAAGAGAUCAUCGAGAUCCUGGAUGUUAUUUUCCGGUGGAUGUCGAUACGAUUUGCAGAAUCAAAUACGACAUGUCUUCUAAAGGUCUUUGACUUCCUUUUUGCUCUAGUGGAGGGAUUGAAGGGUGAAGCGUACAUAUUCAGUGAAUUUGAAGCAAAUAUUUUGUUCCCUUGUUUGGUGGAAAAGUCCGGACACAACAUAGAGAAGGUUCGAGAGAAAGUUCGGGAGUUGAUAAGGCUGUUGUGCUCUAUCUACCCGGCUCCAAAAGUGUUUGGCUUUAUGACAGAUGGUCUAAAAUCGAAGAAUAACCGUACUAGGAUUGAAUGUGUCGAGAACAUUGAGUUUAUGAUAGAGCAGUGUGGAAUUGAGAUUGUGGGCCCUACUAAAGCAUUGCAAUCCAUAGCAGCACUUACUGUUGAAAGAGACGGUGAUAUUCGGAAAGCAUCUCUAGCAUCUCUUGCAACUGCGUACAAAAUUCUCGGUGACGAUAUUUGGAAGUAUGUGGGUAAGAUUUCAGGAGCGCAAAAAGCAGCCAUGGAUGAAAAAUUCAAGUGGACAGCUCGGGAAAUGGAGAAACGAAGGGAAGGUAAACCUGGUGGAGCUAGAGCAGAGGAAGCAAGAGUCCUUGAGGCAAGGGCUGAUGAAGGGAGAGCUUCUGCAAAGCGCUCUGCUGUGGAUACCAGUUCGGGAUCAAGUAACGGGCACUCCGACGCUGGAAUUGAGGGACUUCAUGGAAAUUUGCGACAAUCAAGUCCAUUGGACUGGAAUGAAGCGCUUGACAUUAUCAAUAAUGCAACAUCAUCAGAACAGGUGGUUGAUGGCCUAAAGCUUGUUUGUCACGAACUGGCAAAAGCUGCUGGAGAUCCAGAUAGUGGUGCUCUUGAUGAACUUGCAAACGAUGCGGACCUCCUCGUUACCACUCUCUUUGUCAAAGUUACAACAACUUUCAAUCUAGGUCUGGCUGGAGCCUCCUCAAGAUCUUGUAAAUAUGUCCUCAAUACUCUUAUGCAGACUUUUCAAAUCAAGAAACUUGCACGAGCUGUCAAGGAAGGCACUUUGCAUAAUCUUAUCACCGAACUUCUAGUUUGGCUCUUGGACGAGCGGGUCCUACUCAUGGAUGAUGGUAGUCAGCUGCUUAAGGCUAUGAAUGUUUUGAUGCUGAAAAUACUGGAAAAUGCAGAUCGUACUUCAGCAUUUGUAGUCUUGAUCUACCUACUGCGACCUAUGGGUUCAUCAAAAUUUGCUGGUCGACAACAGGGAACAACAGUUGUCAGAAAUCAGAAAUUUCUGGAUCUUGUUGUGAAGUGCCUUAUCAAGCUUACUAAGGUUCUCGGUUCAACUUUGCUUGAGGUGGACCUCGACCGAAUUCUCCAAAGUAUUCACGAAUAUUUUGAAGAGCUGGGAAUGGCAGAAAUACGGAAAAGAGCUGGAGCAGAUGACAAGCCCUUGCGCAUGGUGAAGACAUUGUUGCACGAGCUUGUAAAGCUCCGUGGUUCUGCAAUCAAAGGUCACCUCUCGUUGGUGCCUAUUGAUUUGGAGCCUCAGCCUAUCAUCCUUGCUUACAUCGACCUCAACCUACAGACACUGGGAACCGUUGGCCAAACGCAUUGGUCUGCAACAAAUAACGGAGGCUCUUCACCAUCAAAUCAUUCUGCCGAGGCUCAACUGAAACAAGAGCUUGCUGCAGUGUUUAAGAAGAUCGGUGAUAAGCAGACUUGUACAAUUGGUCUCUAUGAGCUAUAUCGUAUCACCCAGCUAUAUCCUCAGGUUGAUAUAUUCUCCCAACUGCAGAAUGCAAGCGAAGCUUUUAGGACGUACAUAAGUGAUGGCAUAGCGCAGAUGGAAAGAAAUGCAGCUGCUGGGAGGACUUUUGGCAGUAUACCGAUCGCCACACCUCCUCCAGUAUCUUCAACAGCGCAACACACGAAGUCGUUGACGUCGUCGUUCCAACAACGGGGAAGAGGCCAGGGAGUUGGAAUGGAUAGUGGUAGCUACCAUGAGGAUAAUAAUAGUAACAUCGCAUAUGCAGAUGCAAAACCAACUGAGUAUACUGAAGCAUUGCCUUUGAAAUCUUCUGCUGGACAUAAUGUUAUGACUUCUGCACAAGGUUCUGGUGAUUGGAAACCCAAUAAUCUAGCUACGGGAGGCACUCUAGAUGCAAUAAGGGAGAGGAUGAAGAGCAUCCAGGCUGGAGCUGCUGGAGCAACAGUAACUCACUCGACAAAUUAUUCCUUGAAUGGUUCGAUUCCACUGGCUCGGACUAGUUCGAGUGGGGAAAUGGGUGAGGACAAAGCCCUCUCUGGGCUGCAAGCUCGCAUGGAAAGGUUGAAGGCUGGAGGGGUAAUGGAGUAUUAGAUCACUCGAAGCUACCGUCCGUGGAGUGCAUAGUGCUCGAGAUCGGCUUGUCACCGUUGAAUGUCAAGCCGAGAAUUUUCUCGAAGGCUAACUCAUGACUCGUGGAGAACAUAAGUUCUGGAAAACAGAAUAGCUUGUUGUAUUAGUUGUAAGAAAUUUAUAUCUAGUACCCCUUCUGGGUUAUGAAGGCGGAAAAAGAAGAUGUCGAGCUGACAUCUUUUCUUAUUCAAUGAUGGCAAUGAUCAGUUAAUUAGGCUUUGGCAUGAGUUCAUUCAAUUUGUUGGUGAACCGGUUUUCAUAAUUCCUGUGAUAGAUAGUUUACAAGUUUCCAGGAUCGAACGGGGAAAAUAUGUGCGAGUGUAGCAGAAAAUAGCCACUAAAAGUGAAUGUUUUACUUGAGUUUCAAAAAAGGUUGGUUAAAUCGAGAGUAGGACCUCACACUUCCCAGUACAGGGGAACGAAUCAAAUACAUAGGGUGUGAAAGAUGCUUGUUUAAUUCAUUUACCUGUACUAUUGCGAAAGGUUCUUUACUUAAUUUGCUUUAAA